AUGUCGGACGGUGACUGGCCCUGUCCUAAUCCCGGCUGCUCCAACAUCAACUUUGCGCGACGCAGCGCCUGCAAUCGGUGCCAGACUCCCCGACCCGAAGGACUUGGUGGUAGUGACAAGCCCAAGUCAAAAGGCGGGAGUGACUUUCGGGGUCCUCCUGGCCUUUUCCAGCCUGGAGACUGGACAUGCAAUACGUGUGGCAAUGUCAAUUGGGAGCGACGCUCCGAGUGCAAUAUGUGCAAGAGCUCCAAGCCUGGGAUGCCUGGACUAGAGGAGAGACGCGACGGUGCAGGAGGUGGCUUUAAUGAGCGCCAAGAACGCGUUGCGUCGGCAAAGAAGGAGGUCGGAGAGGAUGGCUACGAUGACUUUGGCGUGCGGAAGAAGAAAGUGAAAGCAUCCAAGGCUGAGCGCGAGGCUGCCGCGCUCGCCCGACUGCAGCAGUCUUACAGUGCGAUCUACCAGCUGCCUCAAAGCGCUACCAUUUCGUCGACAGUGUCUGAACCAGAGAAGAAGACACGUGACGAAGCGGUGGCAUCGACACCUUCUGUAGCUCAAGACAGCGGCCGAUCACCACCUGAUGCUGAAACAGGGUGGGCCGAUCCAUCCAAACGACGCAGUCGAAGUCGCGAGCGACGCCGUCGCAGUCCAAGCCGCGAAAAGAGGGAUCGACGUGAACGAAGUCGCGAGCGACGCCGUCGCAGUCCAAGCCGCGAAAAGAGGGAUCGACGUGAACGAAGUCCUACUACUCGGAGUCGGGAUGGUGACCGACGACGUUACCGCAGCCGCAGUCGUGGUCGGGCAGGCAGCAGGGAACGGGACCAUAGCCGCUGUGACAGGCGUCACCGGUAG